GUUUGCUUCAAUUGUGUAGCUCAUCACGACGUUAGUCAGGUGACAGUUUUGAAAAUUGUAAUUGUGAUAAAAGAAAAACAUACACGAUAGUUCGAACUCAAUUUGUUUGACACGAUAAAUUCGCAGAAAAUCGAAAUAAAAUCUCAAAAAUGGCAUUGCAUUCGGCUGUAAAAGGAAAACUUAUCUCUGUUAUUGGAGAUGAAGAUACUUGCGUUGGUUUUUUAUUGGGAGGUGUUGGUGAAAUCAAUAAAAAUCGUCAUCCCAACUUUAUGGUUGUCGACAAAAAUACACCAAUUGGCGAGAUUGAGGAGUGCUUCAAGCGUUUUAUUAAACGUGAUGACAUCGAUAUUAUUCUGAUAAACCAAAGCUAUGCUGAAUUGAUUCGUCAUGUGAUCGAUGCGCAUACAUCACCAUUGCCAGCUGUUUUGGAGAUUCCAUCAAAGGACCAUCCAUACGAUGCAUCUAAAGAUUCAAUUUUGCGACGUGCCAAGGGUAUGUUCAAUCCAGAGGAUAUGGGCGCUCGUUAAUUGGGAUUGUGAAAUAUAUGUGAAAUAAUUUACUAUCAAAAUAUCCAGAAAUUUUAUUCGAUUCCCUUUCUGUUGUUAUUGUGAAAAUAUUUGAACAUAUUUAAUGAUUUAAAAAAAUGUACGAACAAUUAAAGAAAAAUGAGUAGAAUUCCCUGUAUUAUAAUGUCAUUUCAAAUUCAACAAAUGAAUAAAAAUUAGAUUUUUAAACCAA